GACUAAUUAUCCUACGAAAAACUGCGCGUGGGAUUUCAGAAACUGGACAACUCCACGUCCAAGCGGUAUUGUAGCACUGUGGACACUGCAAUUUUAUCUAAUACCUUUGACGAAUUUUUGCAAAUAUAAUGAAUUGUUUCAUAGUGUAACCAUUUCCUAUGGUAGUGCUAGACUAGGCAAUGCCUAGGCUAUUUAAUGAGAAUACAUUUAAUGAGAAUUUUACCCGAGUCUAGGCUCUGGUUUGCUGGGUCCUAUUAGUAUUCCUGUCCUAUGGGUGUGCAGUGUUGCCAGCCACGUCAGGCCUGUAGCAACUGCUUGUCUCCUGCCUCACCAAGGCAAGGUUAGAUACAUUCGGCUGAAGACACUCGAAGAAAAAGACCUUGGGAACAAAUUCAGCAUCUUGGCAACCAGGAAUUGCUUUCCUCUCUGUUUCUAGUAGGCCUAGUGAUGAAGCAAGUGUUAUUAUUGCCUGAAGUUACAUAGCUUUCUUUAUUUGGACGUUUCGCAACAUUUUUGCUUUUCCAAAAGGGAAUGUUUGCAUAGCUACAUUGCCGAAGACCCUCCUCAAGCCGUAUUCUCCGUGUUUAAUGGAAACGCAAAAUUAUAAGAAAUGGUUGCAUUUUGCGAAUACCAGUGAUUGCUUUCUACGGACCAUCACAACUGCGGUGCGCGAGGAAGGACGCCUCAGCUUGUUGGACCCCGGGUCGAGUGUGUGUAUAGGCUACGGUUACCGUAUACCAUCAGUUGGACUGCUGGAGUGAAGGUGACUCGCGCCCCCUUUACAGUCGAGGCAAUGCGGAGAGGAGUCGCAGGCGCUCAUCCGGUACUUCUGCGCUCUGACGGCAGCCUGCAAAAAUAUAUUCUUCUUCUUAGACGGUAGAGAGAGAGAGAGAGAGAGAGAGAGAGAGAGAGAGAGAGAGAGAGAGCAGUAACACACCACAGAUAAACUAUAUAUCCUAUCCGUUUUAGGAUAUAUCCUACUGGAGAGGUUUCGACACCACAAACGAUAGAAAGAACUGGAUAUCGGCCAAUAGGUGGUGGUGGAGUUUAGGGGGACGUAGAUUAACAACGUUCUGUAUUAGAGCUGUUUUAUUAGUGGAUGUGUAUGCAUGAGUUCUGCACCGAAUGGGCGCAAGAACCGCCCCAGAUCCGCCGGGAACAUCUUCCAGAUCGGCAAGGCUCCCUACCGAGACCCGGAGAGGAGGGAGAGCACGGAGAGCACCCGCAAAGCCCAGCGCGCCGUGGCGGACUGCAGAAUGAUUGUGCAGGAGUUUAACACGCUUGUGGCGCUGUAUCGUGAGCUGGUCAUCUCCAUUGGCGAGAUCUCUGUCGACUGCCCGUCGUUACGGGCCGAGAUGCACAAGACCCGAACUAAAGGCUGUGAGAUGGCGAGAGCCGCAAACCAGAGCCUGUCAGUCAUUUCAGGGCCUGAGGACGGAGAGAUUCACCCAGAGAUCUGCAGGCUCUUCAUCCAGCUGCAGUGCUUUCUGGAGAUGUACAUCACAGAGAUGCUCAAGUCUGUCUGUCUGCUGGGAUCCCUGCAGCUCCACAGGAAAGGGAAGGAUUGCUGUGGGCCUCCCAGGAUUGACGGUAAGGUGGAUGAGAGCUCAGACAUCCCCAUUCUAGAAGACACCUCCUCCCCCAUGGACUGUCAUCAGCUCUGCUGUCUGGUCACCACAGACAUAGACAAUACUGAGAGGGACAUGAGAGAGAUGAAGAACCUUCUCAGUAAACUCAGGGAGGCGAUGCCUUUACCACUGAAGAACCAAGAUGACAGCAGCUUGCUGAACCUAACUCCCUACCCACUGGUCCGACAGAGGAAGAGACGGUUCUUUGGGCUCUGUUGCCUGGUAACCAGCUAAGGGGCCUGCCCUCCUGGGUUGAAGGCAGGAACGGUAAUGCUUAAGUUGAAGUGUUGUUCAUGGCACAUCCAUAAAAGUGUCCUAUGCACAUCAUAAUUCAAGUGUCAAAAGACAAGUUAUAAAAGCUUUGUCAACUGGAAUGACAUACAGUAUUUGCAUGUCACAACCAAUAUAUUUAUUUGCAUUAUGACAUGGUGUCAUAAGAUAUUGACAGUUAUCAUAACAGUGCCCCAUAAAGGAAAGAGCAUAGAAUUAAAUAUUUUGUCAUGUGUCAUGGGCAACACUGCACGUAAAGUGCUACUGCUGCAACAAAGACACCAUUACCCACAAUCCUUCACCACUUGUGUCUCCCACCACUAUAUUACUGCCAUUUCCAAUAUCCAAUACAGUUCUCUCUUUGUUGAAAAGGCUACCCCAUUUUAUAAUUUUAUUUUGUAAUACAAAGAUAAAUUGUAAUUGCAAUGUAAUGAAACCAAUAGUCAAAACAUAUAUUUUAAAUGUUUUGCAACUGCUUUUCUUUUCGUUUGGUACAGAAGUCCAACCUUUUUGUUUGGUACAGAAGUCCAACCUUUCGUUUGGUACAGAAGUCCAACCUUUUUGUUUGGUACAGAAGUCCAACCUUUUCGUUUGGUACAGAAGUCCAACCUUUUCGUUUGGUACAGAAGUCCAACCUUUUCGUUUGGUACAGAAGUCCAACCUUUUCGUUUGGUACAGAAGUCCAACCUUUUUGUUUGGUACAGAAGUCCAACCUUUUUGUUUGGUACAGAAGUCCAACCUUUUCGUUUGGUACAGAAGUCCAACCUUUUCGUUUGGUACAAAAGUCCAACCUUUCUGUUUGUCAAAGGUUUUCGGGAGAGAGAGACCAUUUGAAACAAUGUCAACAUUUAGUUUCUUCCAUAAAGCUGAAUUGAUGAAUUAAUGAAUUGUGUGUAGGACACAAUUUGAUCCUUAAGUUUGUUUCAAAAACAAUGUUAGCAAGUACGACACUUGCCAUGUGUUGCAAUACUUUCCCAAUAUGACCGGUUGAAGUUAGACACUUGCAGUAAACAGAUAUGCUAUUUUAGGGCUCCAUUCAAUCUGUAUCCCUGAAGCGUUAAAGAUUGCACAAUUUAAAUGUAAAGGUAAUUUCUGAUUGAGUUGACAUACGCAGCGUUUACUGUGAAUGCAGUCUUCGCUAACAUUGCCUUUGAUUUUUCAAUCACGCUUUAAAGCUGAACUUCCGCGAUACGCAUUGAAUAAAGCCCUUAAUUUGAUCACUCUGUUGUCACAGAUAAUUUUCCUGCUCCGCAGGAAAUGAAAACUUGUAGUGUAUUUAAAUUUUUAAAAGUAUUCUAAAGUUUGUAAUUUCCAGUUUAAAAUGUCAGACUUGACUUACCCUAAUGUAAAAUGUAUCUACCCCUACAAAAAAAUGUCCAUUCAUUAUAAUCCACAUAAUAAUUCACAUGACCUGUUGCUGCAGGAUUAUUUUCCCGCUGUGAAAAACUAGUCAAAUUAAGAUAGCAGAUCUGUAUAUGUACACUACUAGAUAAAAGGCAUAGAGCUGUUUUUCCAGAGCAGAGAAAGUCUGUGCACUACGUCUGUUGUCUGUUUCGUUCUCUGUUUUCCAUUUCUAGCUGACCCUGUACUUCCUGUACUGACCUUGAUUUAGUCUUCCAUGAACCAAACACCUGUACCUGACUUUUACUUUCCAUCUUCAAGGAGGAAUAUACUAUACAAUACUAACAAAAAUAUAAACUUCUUUGCACAUACAAUAUCUAUCUAUAAAUGAAGACAUUAGACAUACUCUAUGUAUGUAUAUACACAUACUCUCCAAUCGAUGAGCUCUGGAAAAUCUUCGAAGUUGAGAUAGAUUGGUGAAGUCUUGGUUGGCAUAAGCAGGUGACGUCUCCCUUUGUAAGGCACAGUCUGUGCGGGUAGUGGGGACUCAGCAUGGGUUUUGCUUAUUAGUAAUAGUGAUAUAUGUGUAGGGCAUGGAGAAGGUACAGUACUGUAGUCAAGCUGAAAUAAAAAGCUGUAUGUCAUUUUACAUUGUUAAUAAACUUUUUUAUUUAAACUGA